GGGAAACAAACAGGGAGUGUUGUGUGGACUAGGGGCCGCAGUGUUCAUAUUAUACGCAUCGAUAUCACAAAAAUGAUCGAAUAAACGGCGCGUUUGGCGGAUUGCAAUGCACAACUAGCGUGCAGGGGAACAGGAGACGAUAUUUCCCGCAAAUCUUUACCAAAGACAAACCACAUCAAUCAAAUCCAGCAUGCGGCAUUUUAUGCGCUGAUCUUGCAUCUGAAAUGAACAGAAACGCGUCCUGAGACACUGACAUAUCUGUGCUAUCUCAUGUGACAAUAAAGGACUCGUCCAGUCACAAGUGAUUCAACAUCACAGAGCAGUGCCAUGCACCCCUCGUUCAAACAGCUGAUGCCCACAUAGAGGUCUCUGAUCAGACACCCUCUGGCUGCAGAGGAUGCUGGGAAUGUGUCGCGGGCGCAGGAAGUUUGUGGCUGCCUCCCUCGCCCUGAUCUUUAUCCCAGCCCUCACCUGGCUCUAUCUGUCAUCCGCAAAUUUCACAGUCAAACCUCUGCCUCUGUCGCCGCUGGAUCCUCAGUCAUCUGUGCUGAUCGGAGCGGCCGCUGAGCAUCAGGAUUUGGAGCUGCGGCUACAAGAUGUGGAGGAACAUAACCAUGCUCUGCGGAGAGAGAUUAGCUUGCCGCCCAGGGUUCCAAACCAUAGCAGUCAUCAUAGCAACAGUCGCCAAGGCAACCAUUUACACACCCAUUCCACAGAAGAGGGUACAGGUGAUAGCGAGGCUAAAAAAGGGGCAACCUCGAGCAACAGCUCGGACUGUGUGCCUCAGCCUGUGGUGAACAAAUGUGAGACCAUUCAUAUUGCCAUUGUGUGUGCGGGGUACAAUGCGAGCAGAGAUGUUGUCACACUGGUCAAGUCAGUUCUGUUUCACAGACGUAACCCACUCCACUUCCAUUUCAUCACGGACUCCAUCGCUCGAAAGAUCCUGGCCGAUCUCUUCCACACAUGGAUGGUGCCGGCCGUUCACGUCAACUUUUAUGACGCUGAUGAGCUGAAGUCUGAGGUGUCUUGGAUCCCUAACAAGCAUUAUUCUGGCAUCUACGGCCUGAUGAAGCUGGUGCUGACCAAGACGCUGCCCUCUGAUCUACAGAAGGUCAUUGUCCUGGAUACUGACAUCACCUUUGCCACGGACAUCGCUGAGCUGUGGGUCGUCUUCCACAAGUUCAAGGGUCAGCAGGUUCUUGGUUUGGUGGAGAAUCAGAGUGAUUGGUACCUGGGGAACCUGUGGAAGAACCAUCGGCCAUGGCCAGCACUGGGCAGAGGCUUUAACACCGGUGUGAUUCUGCUGUUGUUGGAUCGUUUGAGGAAGCUAAAGUGGGAGCAGAUGUGGCGGCUGACGGCAGAGAGAGAGCUCAUGAGCAUGCUGUCUACAUCACUCGCUGAUCAGGACAUCUUCAACGCUGUGAUCAAGCAGAACCCAUUCCUGGUGCACCAGCUGCCCUGCUUUUGGAAUGUGCAGCUGUCGGAUCACACCCGCUCCGAAAAGUGCUACAAAGAUGUGUCCGACCUCAAGGUGAUUCACUGGAACUCUCCGAAGAAACUGCGUGUAAAGAACAAACACGUGGAGUUCUUCAGGAAUCUCUAUCUGACAUUUCUGGAGUAUGAUGGGAAUCUGCUGAGGAGAGAGCUCUUUGGCUGUCCCAGCGAAACAGACCACAACUCAGAGAAUCUCCAAAAGACCCUGUCUGAGCUGGAUGAAGAUGACCCAUGUUAUGAGUUUCGUCGGGAGCGCUUCACAGUCCACCGCACACAUGUCUAUUUCCUGCACUAUGAGUACGAACCAGCCUUAGAUAACACUGACGUGACACUGGUGGCCCAGCUGUCUAUGGACAGACUUCAGAUGCUAGAGGCCAUCUGUAAACACUGGGAAGGGCCCAUCAGUCUGGCCCUCUACCUCUCAGAUGCUGAAGCCCAGCAGUUCCUGCGAUACGCUCAGGGCUCUGAGGUCCUGAUGAGCAGGAGCAACGUGGGAUACCACAUAGUCUAUAAAGAAGGCCAGUUCUACCCUGUUAACCUGCUGCGUAAUGUUGCUAUGGGGCAGGUCAACACACCCUAUAUGUUUCUGUCGGAUAUUGACUUUUUGCCCAUGUAUGGACUCUAUGAGUACCUCAGGAAAUCGGUUGUUCAGCUUGAUAUGGGGAACACUAAAAAGGCUCUUGUGGUUCCGGCAUUUGAAACUCUGCGUUAUCGGCUGUCCUUUCCCAAAUCAAAAGCAGAGCUCCUGUCACAGCUUGACAUGGGCACUCUGUUCACAUUCAGAUAUCAUGUCUGGACAAAAGGUCACGCUCCAACAGACUUUGCCAAAUGGAGAACUGCUACAACACCAUACCGAGUUCAGUGGGAGGCCGACUUUGAGCCGUAUGUUAUGGUCAGAAGAGAAAGCCCAGAGUACGACCGGCGCUUUGUGGGGUUUGGGUGGAAUAAAGUAGCUCACAUCAUGGAGCUGGACGCUCAGGAGUACGAGUUUGUGGUUCUGCCCAACGCCUACAUGAUCCACAUGCCUCACGCGCCCAGUUUUGACAUCACCAAGUUCCGCUCGAACAAACAGUACCGUGCUUGUCUGAAGACGCUGAAGGAGGAGUUUCAGCAGAAUAUGUCUCGGCGCUACGGUUUCGCCGCGCUCAAAUACAUGACAGUGGAUAACAACAGCUAGCCGAGCACAUUGUUCUGCAAACCGAUAAGAUAACUGCCAUGAGCUGAUGAAGGAGUGCUGUGUGACAGCGCCUUUAUGGAUGCGUUCAGUGAAACUGAGAUUGCAGGGUCAUUAGGAGGCACGGCUCGUGAUCAUCCAUUCAUUCAGGGAUCCGAUAACACGUUUAUCAGUGGUGUUUGACAAAGGUGCCGAGAAAUAAACUGCUGAUUAGAAGUCAUUGAUGAACGUUUGUGAGAAGGCAAGCAGAUCCUACAAAUGGCAACUUCUAGAAUAAAUAAGGUAUGUUGUUACUUAUAAAUGAUGGACAACAACACUGAUGCACUUCAGAUUAAAGCCUUGAAUCUGCUUGUCUAUAUAUCUGUUUAUCUUUGUUUGUCUAUCUAGCUCACCCAUUUAUCAAUCCUUUCUGUAUAGUGUUCUCCCUCUAUCUCUGUUUCUAUCUCACUUUCUAUUCAUCCCUACAAUCAGUUUAUCUGUCUCUACCUGUCUGUCUAACAGUGUGUUUCGCUGUCUAUCUACCAGUAUCUUUAUAUCUACAUCUAUAUCUGUCUGUCUAACAAACUCUCCAUCUAUCUAACAAUCUGUCUAAAUUUGUCUGCCUCUAGCUGUCUAUAGCUCAUUCUGUUUGAUGUCUAUAGAAGUCUUAUCUAACAAACUUUCUGUAUCUCUAUAUCUUUCUGUCUAACAGACUGUCUAACCAUCUCUCUUCCUGUUUUUCUGCCUAUAUCUGUUUAACAUUGUUAAACUAUCUAUCUCGAUCAAACUAUAUCUAAGCAUCUGGCUAUCGCUCUUCCAUUUUGUCUGGCUAUAUCUUUAACAAUGUCUAUAUGUCUGUCUCAUUAUCUAACAAUCUGUCUGCAUCUCUCUGUCUCUUUCCUUUUAACUAUCCAUCUAUAUCUCAACAGUCUCUCUAUCAAACAAUGUCUAUAACGGUAUUAUUUUUUUCUGGGCGUUUUUUUGGUGUGCCUUUAUUAUGAUAAGACAGAUCAGAUCUGACAGGAAGCGAAGUGGGAAAGAGAGAGGGAGGCGGGAUCAGGAAAGGUCCUCAAGUCGGGAUUCGAACUCGGGAUGCCCAUAGUGCUGUAUGUUGGCAUGCUGCCCACAAGGCUAUUGGCGCAGACAACAGUAUUUGUUUAACAAUGGCUAUAUUUGUCUGUCUAACAAUCUGUCAGUUUAUAUCUGUCUAGCAAACUGUUGAACAAUCUAACUAUAUCUCUGUCUAUCUUCUUAUAUACUUCUUAUAUAUUUAUAUACUCUCUCUUGCUCUCACUCUGUCUUUAUGUGAUCUGCCUGUCUAACAAUCUGUUCAUAUCUUGUUCAUACGUUGUCUGUCUUUCUUAUAUCAAAAAAUUGCUCUAACAGUUUACAAUUUACUCUCUCUCUCAUUCUUAUUCUCUUUCUCUCGAUUCAAGGUUUCUUUCUCAGUGUUGACAGUUGUUGUGUGUGGUGAAGUAGCUGGAUAAUGUGUUCAUUCUCAGUGC